AUGCACUCUAACACCUCCGUCGCCGUAGAAUUUAUGAUCGGAGUACUUCAAAUAGCAACCAUCAUUCAGCGCUCUCCCUUCCCUCCUUGGCAUACAUCUUCCGACCACCGCAGCGGCGGCUUUACCCAAACACUCCCGGCAACCAUCUCUCUCGACGCUCUCCCAGCACUGCGCCAGAGCAUAAGCCCUUCCUCCAACCUCCGCCACUCCGAAAAACCCACUCACUCCCUCCAACACCGCCGCGUUCCUCGUCACAUUCGCCACCGCGUACCUCACACUCUGCGCAUACUCGAAUUCCGCUCCGGCGGCGGCGACGCCGCCACAUGUGAAGUUGUCGAUGGUGGGGGAGACGGAUUCUGCAUAGAAGCUGUAAUUCUCGUAGCGGAGGAAGCAGCCGUCGAGGUAGAUCCGACGUCGAGCUAG